UGUCGAAUAUGAUUGGCCGGGAGGGGUGAAUGGAGCGGAGGCCGUGGUAGUGAGAGGACUCAUGCAAGGAGCAGGUUGGCGUUUUUGAAACACAAAUUUUUUUUUUUUUUUUUUUUAAAAAGCGGAGAGCAACACGGAGCCAGGUCCCACCUUGCCCGGGUCUUGAGGAAGAUGCCAGGCGUGGGCGAGGCCUCGUGGAACAGCCUGACCACGGGGCAGAAGGUGGCUCUGGCCCUGGGGGUGCCCGCCAGCGCCACCAUCGGAUACAUGCUGUACCACAGAUACAGGGGUGGCACAGGAGGAAAGAGCUUCAGUGACCAGGGGGAGAAUGCCCCGGGAACCAGGGUUACAAUCCCGGCGGACGUGCUCCACUCCAUCGCCCGACGGAAAGGGUCUUUCCUGAAGCAGCUGCAGCAGCAGAGCGGCGCUCGGGUUGAGAUCCAGGCGGACGCUUUGGGGGUCCAGGAGGAGGAGGAGGAGGAGGAGGACAGGACCUCCAGGACCUUCCUUAUCCGGGGCUCCCCGGAGCAGGUGAGCCGAGCCCGGGUCGCCAUCGCCAGGCUGGUGUCCGAAAACCAGCAGGUCACCGUGAAGAUGGAGGUGCCCAAGGCUGCAGUGGGGCGCAUCAUAGGUCGCGGUGGGGAGUCCAUCAAAGCGCUCUGCCUGAACUCUGGGGCCCGCGUAAACUGCCCUCGGGAGAAGAGCGGACGCAGCCUGGGAGAGAAGGGGUUAAUAACCAUCACAGGGACCGGGAAAGAGGUGGAGAUUGCCAAGGAGCUGAUCAUGGAAAAGGUUAUCGAGGAGGAAGUGUUCCGGAAGAGGAUUCUCCAAUCGACAGCCAAGAGGCACCAGAGGAAGCAGCCACCUCUGGGGCAGGGGGAGGGAGGCGCGGUGGGGGCUGUGCUGGGGAACGGGACCCCCUCCUCAGCCAGGAGGUCAGAGUUCAUGCAGGAAGACCAGAGAACCGCGGAACAGGAUGACCAGGGCCAGACAGACCAGCUGGGGUCACCCCUGGACGUCGCCAAAUUCCAAAUUCCCAGUCCGGAUCUCAGUUUCUCUCCGGAUGAGCACCUGGAAGUGUACGUCUCGGCCAGCGAGAAUCCCGGACACUUCUGGAUUCAGAUCCUGGGGGCGCGCUCCUUGCACCUGGACCAGCUGACUGGAGAGAUGACCCGCUACUACGCCAGCUCGGGCCAGAGGGAGGAGGUGCUGCAUGCCGCGGCAGGCGAUAUCGUAGCCGCCCCUUACAGGCAGGAGGGGUCCUGGCACCGAGCGAGGGUCCUGGGGUUCCUGGAAAACGGGAACGCCGACGUCUACUAUGUGGAUUUCGGGGAUAACUGGGAGGUCCCUCCCGGCAGAAUCCGCUCCCUCAGGAGUGAUUUUUUAAGCCUGCCGUUCCAAGCCAUCGAAUGCAGCCUGGCUGGAGUCAGCCCAGCCGCCGAAGCCUGGACCGAGGAAGCGCUGGAUGAGUUUGACAGGAUGACCUCCUGCGCCGAAUGGAAGCCCCUCCUGGCCAAACUGUGCAGCUACUCCCAGACCGGUGUGACCACGUGGCCCAACGUCCGGCUGUACGACCACAGCGACGGAAAGAACCUGGACAUUGGUGAAGAACUGAUCCGAUUGGGCCACGCCGUCCGGAACCAGAAGGGUACUGGAGAUGGGACAGGCCCAACAGAGAAGGGUGACUCCAACCCAGUGUCACUGCAGAAGAUGCUGGAUGAUGUCACAGGAGCAACCUCGGAGCUGAGUCUGUCCUGCCGUAGCCUCACCUCAGAAGCAGCUUCAAUUUCAGGCAGCGGUGAAGACGUCCUCUGAUUUGGCGUGAGGCGCAGUAAGGACCGUGAUGAAGAGCAGCUGCUGUCUGGAGAGGGGGGAACUUUGCUGAACUUUCUGCUAAAACUUUUAUUAAUGCUGAAGCCACAGAGGUGGAAAUAAGACUCCUAUUGCACAGCAGUGCCACCCCCAGGCUGUCUAGACAACAAGCUCUGGUGUGUCUGAAUAAACUUGCAGUAAAACCAGGAAUGGAUCAAACCGCUGUGCAAUCGGAGUCUUAUUGCCAUCCCAGCGCCAUAACCUUUAAAAUAAAUAAAUAAAGAAGUGUGUUGUUUAUCAGGGCGAAUAAUAAAUUUGAAUAUACGGGUUUGUGCCAACGGGGGCAGUAUUGUGAAACUUGUUUUGUUGUCCGUGUUGUUUUGUUUUGGGUUUUCCUGUGCAUUUUAAAUCCUAAAAACGAAUACUUUCAUGGAUUACAGCUCUGGCCAAAAGUUUUGCAUCGCCUAGAAUUUUAGGAUUUAAAUAAUAAUAAUAUUAAUAAAAUAAUUUAGAUCUCUUAUUUAAAACCACAAAGCGAUAUUGCUCAUGUCUGCAGGAAGCUGUAAAAGCAGCAGUACAGCAGUAUUUGUUGGUAGAUUUCCAAAUGUCACGUUUUUUCAAUGUCUAUUUUUCAUUAUGUACGCUGGAAAGCUACACAGCGGCGUGUGAUUCAAUAUGGAAACGUUAUCCAGCAGGUUUCAUUGGACUUCAUGAUGCUAAAUUAGUUUGUUCUACAGGGCUUUGCAAGCCCUUUCUGCACAGCUGUACAGACUGUAACGCUGCUUUUGAAAUUAACCCAUCGUUUGCUCAGGCUGCUGCUGUUGCUUGAUUUUUGGCCCCCCCCCCCUCCGUGAUGUCCUGUAUAACCCAUCCAGCGUUCUCUGAACUGGUUCCCUAUUGCUUGUUUGUGUCUUGAAAUAGUGUUCCUGACUAUUGUUAUUUAACAAAGAUAUAUUCUUGUGUUCAAAUAUAUAAUGUAUUGAAUAAAAUAUUUAUGUUCAAACUUAAAA